GACAAGCGCAUCGCCGUCAAGAACCCCGUUGUGGAGCUCGAUGGCGAUGAGAUGACCAGGAUAAUCUGGGAGAAGAUAAAGGAGAGCCUUAUCUUCCCUUAUCUUAAGCUGGACUGCAAGUACUACGACCUGGGGCUGCCGUACCGCGACCAGACGGACGACCAGGUCACCGUGGACGCCGCGCACGCCAUCCUCAAGUACAACGUGGGCAUCAAGUGUGCUACCAUCACCCCAGACGAGGAGAGGGUAGUGGAGUUCAAGCUGAAGAAGAUGUGGCUGUCCCCUAAUGGGACAAUCAGGAACAUCCUGGGCGGGACGGUGUUCCGGGAGCCCAUCUUGUGCAAGACCAUCCCGCGCCUCGUGCCGGGGUGGACAGAGUCCAUCGUCAUCGGCAGACACGCACAUGGCGACCAGUACAAGGCAACGGACUACGUGGUGCCCGGCGCCGGGACGGUCGAGCUGGUGUACACUCCUGAGGGCGGGGCGGCGCCCACCGCCAUGAAGGUCUUCGACUUCAAGAGCGGCGGCGGCGUAGCUAUGGCCAUGUACAACACCGACGCCAGCAUACGCGACUUUGCCCACUCCUCCUUCCAG